AUGGAAAACUUCACUAAAAAAAUACUGAUGAAGUCUUUUUUGCGAUCCUGUAAAGAUCUUGUAACAAACAAGACCUUUAAUGGUGGCACCUUGGCAAUCUGUCUCGGAAAUCAAGCUAGUGAUUUGGAUUCUAUAGUUUCAUCAAUUGUCUUUUCCUAUGCUCAAUAUAAGAGAGACAAGAUUACCUCCAUUCCUAUUAUUAAUAUUCCAGCCGAUGAAUACAAUUUGAGAACGGAUGCUACUUGGUUCUUGGAAAAGUUUGGUAUUAGUGGAGAGGAUUUAAUCUUUUAUCAUCAAAAUCCAACUCUUAUUGAUGUUUUAGAAAGCUUAGGAAAGGAGAAUAAUCUGCAAGUCAUUCUCACAGAUCACAACAAGUUAACUCCAGAACAAGAACCACUAUUGGGCAACUUUGUCUAUCAAAUUAUUGAUCAUCACGUUGAUGAGAAGUGUUAUGACAUUCCUUCGGAGAGAAGAAUUAUCGAUCUGAUUGGAUCUUCAUGUACUUUGGUAGCUGAAUUGUUGAGUGACGACAUGCUCAGAGAAGAUAGAGAAUGUUGUGAAGCCUUGCUUGGAACCAUCCUUCUCGACACUAUGAAUUUAGAGCCAAAAUUCAAGAAAGUAACACCAAGAGAUGAGAAACAAGCUCUCCGACUCUUAGCCCUUCUCAGCUUUGAACAGAAACAAAGAGAGGAAUUAUUCGAAAAGUUAUUCUUUGAGAGAUUUAAGUUUCCAAGUUGA